AAAGAAAAGGGGGAGCUAUUGUGAAGCCUAGAAAGGCGGAAGCGGAAAAUCGCUUAUACCGAGUUCCCCAACAGCAGCUUAGCUUAGUAGCAACACUCUUUCUACUGGCGUGGCGCUGCUGGAUGCUUCUGAUCAAUAGAACACGAAGAGGAGGAAAAAAAAAGCUUAUGAUGAGCAUCUAUUUGAGUCGAUCAUUUCCAAGAUCUAAUUCCAGUUUUUUCUUAUGUAGUGGAAACGCCUUACAAUCUGAAGUUUUACGCUUAAGGGAAGAAAUGUUCUUGGUGGAUGCAGGACUUGGGACCCCCAGAAUUUGUAUGCAAGAUGAGCCUACAGGAGUGCCAAUCAACCGAGCCACCAGGUUUGAGAAUAAGGUGGGAUUCCUGGAUCUAGUGGCCGGUGAAUCACUGAUCAAAGAGCAGAUUUUGGAGAGAUUCUUCAUCGAUCUAGUGGCCGGUGAAUCACUGAUCAAAGAGCGAGCAGCCGCCAGGUUUAAUGAUUUGGUGGGAUCUACAGAUGUAGUGGCUGGUGAACCGCUUCUUCUUCUUCCACGAAGAUUCAGACAAAACCGAGCUUGGAUGGAACUGAACAAGAUUUGGCGAACGAAUACAAAGGUCAAAGGCUUUAUUAUUGAGAAAGUAAAAGGAGGUUAUUCAGUAGCCAUCGCAGGUUUCAUUACUUUUCUUCCAUUCCGUCGCAGAAGGAAAAGGAUAUCGAAUGAUCGAUUCACCAUUGAGAACAUUAACCCCAAAAAGACGAAUAUUGUGGUGUUCUAA